AUGCAAACGUUAUUGCAGGCGCAUGCGCGUGCUGAAUACAGCGACAACAGCAGCAACAACACAACAACGGAAGUUGCUGCUGCCACAAAAUGUGAGCGCGCGCAAGUCGAGCGUGAGAGCCAACAACAGCCACAAAAUUCAUAUACAGGCGUCAACUGCGCAGCUGGCGUUGACGCUGACGGCGACGCUGACGACGACGACGACGCGCAACGUACAGAAAAAUUUGUGCAAAAAGAAGGCAGUGAAAAUGCGUUAACAGCUCGCGUGUUAAAUGAUUUUUUUUAUGCCAAUUUAUGUGAAAAUGUGCAAAGUGUUCAAGUAGCAACUGCAGCAGCAGCAGCAGCAACAUUAAGUGACAGCCAGCAAUUACAAUGCAGCAACACAACAGCAACAGAUUACGAUCUGAUUGAUUUUGAGUACGAUUUGAUUGAUGAUUUUGUGGCCAGUCAGCGAUUGAAACGCUUACAGCAUAAUUUUCAGGGACGCGUUAACAGCAACAGCAACAUUGAUUGUGUAAAGGCAUCCUUGAGACAACAACAACCACACGCAUUUGUGGCAACACAUGCGGAAAUUUGUGGCAGCAACAAAGCGUUUUGUGGCAGCAACGUUGACAAUUUUGUGGCAACACUCAGCGAAUUCGAUGUGCAACGCUUUGGCGAGUAUCUGAAAGCAGCGAGACAAGUGCAGCUGCUUGAUAUCAAUCACAAUCACAAACACAAUAACAAUCUGCUUCAAACCAGCGGUUUUCAGUGCUACGACGAGUUACUCGCUGAAUUUGUGAGCGAGCAACAGGAGUGCGAUAGCGAUAACGAUAGCGAUAGCGAUAACAAUAGCGAGUACAGCGAUAGUAAUUGCAACGAUUGUCAGUGCCAUGAUUGCCUAGCAGCAGCACAACCGAACAACGAGCACAACAGCAACAGCCUUGACAGCAACUGCAAUACAGCGAGUAGAGCACUCGUUACUUCCACACAGACAACAGCAGCUAGCUCAUAUCGAACAACGAGUGCAAUUGAUUCAGACGUGAUCAAGAUGCGUGAGGUAAAUGGACAAUUGCGUGGUUUACUCAAAAAACCAAAUCGUCCGCCGCCAACGCGUAAAAAUCGUGUCGUCUUUGAUGAGACACGCAACGAGUUCUUCGAGGCGGACUAUAUCAUAUUGAUACGUGAGGAUUGCGCCUACGAUGAGGAGGACGAGGAGCCCUGCACCUGCGGUGAGCAUGAAUUGGUGCGUCUCUGCUGCGAGGAGGGCUGUCAAUGCAACUAUGCGGUUAAUGCCACCGAUACGGCGGAUGGACGAACGCCACAGAGUCCCAAAUUUCAGCCGCCAAUUGACUUUGUGGACGAUGCGGCGUUGAGUCCGCCCGAUGGCUAUAAGGAUAAUAGCCUAAAGAAUACGCUGGGUGGCGCGCUAAGCGGUCAUAUAUUUGGGGCACAGCAUUUGCAGCAGUUGCAGGUAAUACAACGCUUGCAGCAGCAACGUGCCGCAAUGCUGGCAGCACGCAAUAGCAAUGGCAACAGUCAAAUACCACCGCCACCGCCGCCCGUUGGCACCGCACAGCAGCAGCAACAACAGCAGCAGCAGCAACAGCAACAACAACAGCAGCAACAGCAGCCACAACAUCAUGCAACAUCGCAACAACAUCAACAACAAACCGAUGAGGAGCUACAGGGUGUUUGCACCGAGUGCGCUGAGUGCGCCGAAUGUGCCGCCAAACAGCUACAGGAUGCAGAGUGCACCUCUGGGCAGUGCAGCGAGGAGUUGACGCCAAUUGGAGUGCCAGCUGUGGCAUUGUUGCCGUUGCACACCAGCUCACCGGAGCGUCGGAUCACGCAGAAGGAGAUCAUUGCUGGCGAGGAGAGGCCCAAAUAUGUGCUCCAAUCCCAAUACAAACCGACAGCCGGACCAGCAGUCAAAGUUAGAAAGGAUUCGGGCAGUAUAAAUACAAAUAUAAGUACAAGUACAAGUACAAGUAGCAGUAGCAGUAGCAGACCCGGUUCCGCAUGUGGUACCGUUUCCGUUACCGGUUCCAGCUAUGGCUCCAACUUGCUGCCGGCAGCGAGCAGUAGCACAGCCAAGAAAAAAAGAUUUGUUGUUGAAACUAUUACCACUAUGACCACAGUGACCGAGCGACGCAUCAUCCGUGAGGCGCACGAGGAUGUCGCCACCGGAGCAGCAGCAGCAGGAGCAGCUGGAGCAGCAGCUACGGUUGGAACUGGAGCAACUGGAGCUGCUUCAUCGGAUUUGUUGCCACCGGCGCUGCCCGCCAAGGCAAGUGCAACGGCAGCAGCAGCAGCGGUUGCCGCUGCCGCCGCCGCCGCCGCUGCCGCUGCAGCAGCAGCAGCUUCUGCAACGGAUCAAUAUGAUGAGCUGAAACCGCCACCCAUACCGCCCAAGGAGACGUCGGCCACACAGAUCAGCGGCAUUCUAAAAGGCGGCAAGCUCUGGAAGCAGGACUCCAUCUCACAGCAAUCGGAUGACCAGAACAACACCACCUCCGAGGACGAGAGUGGUGCCACAAAGCGUUCUGUGCGUUUUGUGACCGAGGAUCAGGCCAAUGCCGGCACAGAUGGCGAUGGUCAAUCCCUGGCCGGCGAGAUGGAUGACAGUGAGAAUCAGAUAAACGAGUUGAUUCCCAUCAAGAAGCAUUCGACGCUGUUCAAUAAUGCGCUACGUCCCAAUUCGGCGGUACGUCAACUAUUUCCCAGCGUGUCGGCCCAGCAGGCACCGGUCUUGACCUCGGAGGCAUUACGUGCCUUCGAUGAGUCCAAGCGGGCCGGCUGCCUGGUCACCCAUUUGCCCGGCAGCUGUGGCGACUCCGACACCUUGCGACGCAGCAUGGAACGCAACAUUCUGCGACGUUCCCUGAUCAAAAAAAAGGCCGUCAAGUCGGACAUUUCGUUGGAGGAUCGCAUUAAGCAGCUCACCUGUGACAUUGAUGAGGAUCUCGCCGAGGAAUUAUCGCUAGCACGCAGCGUUGUCGAUGCUGAACAGGAUCAGGAUCAGGUCAGCGAACGCGAUUGCUCCGAGUUGGCACAACGCGAUAGUCCCGCUGGCGAGGAGAAUCCCAAUGCCCUAGCUCCCAAAUUCUUAAAUGGCGAAAAGAGUUUCUCGCCCAGCAGCUCUGUGUCCAGCUCAUCCAGUGGCUCGUCGGCUUACAAGAAAAUUGCCGACAUUUUCAGUCGCGACAAGAAGCAGGAGAAGAUCAUGGAGCUCGAGGAGAAUCCCAUUGUCAUUAUACCGCAGGAAUGUCGCUGCCCGGCGGCUCCGGAUCUGGGCAUGGGCAUCCAGGUGCCGGUGGUGCACACACAGAUCCACCGCACGCCGCCGCGUCAAACGGAACCGAAGCGUCAGUUCCUCUCGACGCUGGCGCCGUUGACCGCCUGCGUGGCCGGGAACAAGGAUGAUCUGUCCUCGUACUACACGCUGGCUGCCGCAGCAGCGGCACAUCAACAUGGACACGCGGCACAUGCGCAUGCGCACUAUGCGGCAGCGGCAGCAGCUGCGGACUUCAAUAUGAGUCAACUGCUGGGCGCAGCGGCUGGAGCUGGAGGAGAUGCGGCAGUGGCAGCAAUGGCAUUGGGUGGUGGGGCAGGUGGGGCUGGCGGCGCUGCUGGGGCAGCUGCAGCAGAUGAGGCACGCAAGGUGGCGCCAGAUGUGAUUGCCGGCACACCGGAGACCUCACAGCAGGAUGAGCUGGCUGCCUUUGCCCAGGCGGAGGCGAAGCGCACGGAGCAGCUAAAGAAACGCUACACGGGCAUGGAGACAACCAGCCAAUCCCAGUCCCAAUCCCAGUGCCAAUCGCAGGCGAGCAGCGAUGAUGAUGAGCAGAAUGAUUAUGGCUUCAAUAAGCGUCCCUCGGUGCGUGGCAUUAAGCCCAAGUUCAGCUCCACCAAUGAGAUACUUGCCCAGAUGCAGGAGCAGCUCACCCAACAGAUACCGACGACGGUGAUAAGCAGUCAGCCGGUGCCACAGGCGGUCAAAGGUUAUGCCAUGCCCAAUCAGCCCAAGCAGCAGAAUCCCUCGCCACAGAAUGUGCCACAACAACAGCAGCAACAACAGCAACAGUUGCAGCAACAGCAGCAACAACAGCAACAGUUGCAACAACAAAUGGCCGCCGCGUUGCAAGCAAACACAAUUGCCCAGCAGAAGACGGAGCAACGCACCUGGAGCUUCUACAGCGAAAGCGGUGAGCAGCAACGUUUCCCCGUCGAUGCCGCUGCCAUACAACAGACCUACUAUCAAACGCUGCCCGCCGGCGCCAUGUUCCGCCAGACGAUGAUCCAGCAGGGCGCCACCGCGGCCGAUGAUGCCUCGCUGCUGUAUGCCGCCGCACAGAACUGUCAGAGCGUCACCUCGACGGCCACCGCCACGGCCAUUGAGCAGAGCAAGCACAGCAGCUACAGCAGCCACUUUGCACGCAGUCCCACACGGCGGCCGGAGUCGCCGCCGCCGUUGCGCAACUAUCAUCAGACGAUGGUGUUGAUACCCUACAAUGCGGAGACGUACUCGCAGUUUGCCACCAGCAGCAGCGUCGAUCCAAAACUGGCGCACAUUCAGCGACAGAAUAUACUCGAGUAUCAGCAGGUGACACAGCAAACGAUACGCGUUCCCAUUGGAUACGCCCUGCCUGGCAUGCAGCUACAUGUGGUGAGUGGGCGUGGUCAUGCCGCCCACUACGGGCAACAUCCGCAUACGGCUGCACAACAGCAACAGCAGCAGCAGCAACAGCAGCAACAUCAGCAGCAGCAGCAGCAGCAACAACAGCAGCAACAUCAACAGCAACAGCAACAACAGCGUCUGAUGCAGCAACAUUAUCAGUUUGGGGCUGAGGGCGGCAUGCCGGGCUUUAGCGAAAGGGGCGUGCCCGAGGGAGCAGCUGCGGUGUCGCAUAGCGAUUGCAAUGCCAUGGUCUCACCCACAGCAGCAGCAGUGCAACAGCAGCAGCAACAGCAGCAACAACAGCUGCAGCAGCAACAUCAGCAGCAACAACAGCAACAUCAGCAGCAGCAGCAGGUGGGAGGAGGAGCUGCUGCUGCCGCCCAGGGAUCCGUGUACUAUGCGAUGAAUGUAUGACCAGGGCUGGAAUAGUCGCUGCCAACGGCGGUGAUUGUUGAGCGCCGCCAAUGUCAACGCGUCGAGUUGUCAGCGACUUCAGUGCAUUUGAGCGGUGCCGGCGGCGGUGUCGGCGGUUGUGGCAGAUGAGCUAACACUGCCACGCCCACCGCCGCCCUUGCAGCCCUCAACUGAUAGUGAUACUCCAUACAAUGACCGAUUAAAUUCAAUGAGUUCGUUGAGUUGUUAUCAUAAUUCGCGUUGAUUUUAGCGAGUGAGCUCUAUCUAUCUCUCUCACUCUCUCUCUCUCUCUCCCUACCUCUCUCUCCACUCCUAUGCAUGUGUGUGUCUGUGUAUAUGUGUGCGUGUGUGUGUGUGUGUGUUUGUAAAUUUCCCAUUUAGUAUUUAUUCCAACUUUCCUCUACCUACCUUGACCUGCUCCAAAAAGUAUGCAACACUAAAAUUGUGCAUGUAAAAAACACUUUACAACACUGCAAAGUAAAGUAAACGAAC